GUAUGUAGUCGUCGUUUCACCGCCAUCUGCAUUUAUACUCGCGCAAGUCUUAUUAGAAAUAAUAAUUACUGUAGCGACUGACAUACAAAAAAGAAAUAGAAGAAACGAAACGAACAACAGAGCAGCAGAGUGAAAGAAGCAAAAGAGAAAAAAAACGAAGUCGCAAAAAAAAUCGCAACGAUUUUUCUUUUACUCGUUCCUCUGUUUUUCCCGUUUUUGGUUGAAUGUGAAAAUGCGAUUAGUUUUGAUAAAAUGUGAUAAAAAGGCACCAUGUAAAUUCCGUUUGUGUGAUCAUCUCAUCGCAGGAAAGAAAUUCGCUGCGAAAAAACAUGGAAACAUAGACAAAUCAGUUUCGUGUAAAUAAUCAAGUGAAAUGACGUGAAUUGACAUGUAAAACAUACAACACAGAAACAAAACAUUUGUUUUUUUUUUCGUUACAAAAAAACAACACUGAAACCGAACUCAACGUUCACGAAACGAAGAAACAUACUUCUCUUUUUUUUUUUAAGAGAAGUCAUUCUGUUGAACGCGCAAUGUAAUUGUGAAAACGAAAGAUCUUUUCUUAAUAAUAUUAUUAAUUGUUGCUGUUGUGCACCUUUUUCGAUAAUUUUCGAAAACGAGAAGGCGAAAUGUUGAUAAAGUGAACACAAAAGGCCAUGCACUGUGCAACAAAAUUCAUUGUAAACCAGAGUGCAAAAAACGAAGAAAACACACACACCGAAAUUAAAAAGAAGAAGAAGAAAAAUAAAAUACAAAGUACUGUUCAUUGACGGAAACUUUUUUUACUUAUUCAGUUUUUUUCUCUCGUUGUAUUCUGCUGCUAUUUUGUGUCGUGUGUUGUUUUGUCGUGUAUAGUGUUGAGUUGAAGGCAGAGCAAAAUAAUCAUCGGUGUUAUAUCCCCGUUAUUAAGAAUGAAGAAUAAAAAAUUGAAAUGAUAUAUUAUAGACACGGCAAUUGUGUUGAGUACAUUUUCUGAUCGAAUAAACACAAAACGCACACACGCACACAAAGUGUAAGAGAAAGAGGGAGCGGGAGUGGGAGAGAGAUAGAGAGCGAAUAAAAUCAACAAACAAAAUGCGAUUUUUUAGGCAUGUUAAACCACAACAAUAGUAACAACAACAAAAAAAUACAGUUCAUUUUACGGGUGAAGAGAAAAGAAGCAAGCAGAGAGUGGCUUGAAGAAUCAAGUCGACUAGAGACUCAUUUUUUUUAAGGUGAAACGAUGAAAAGAAAAAAAGUCGAAGAGUUGUCGAAGAAUAUGUGAAAAAUGAAAUGAAGAAGUUUAUCAGAAUCGAAUUCGUAUUAUGAAUAAAUUAUUAUGCACACUGACAUGAAAUAACACAGCACGGUCAUCGCAUAUAUUAACACACAAAAAAACACACCACAUGAAACAACAUAAGAAAAGGGACGAACUCUUAGUGAACUGAGAGUGUGCAAAAUUUAUAGUGACAUUUUUUUUGGAUAACCAUGAAAAAAUUAUAGCGAUAUAAAGAAACGGACUUUCUUUUGUGUUUCGAUUUUAUGCGCAAACAUAAACGCCAAUACUAUGCAUCGAAAUCGAUCGAUUGCCCGUUGUUCGGAGGUGCAUUUUCGAUGUUACAAACGAAUUAGUGAUGAUAAUAACAUUUGAUAUAUAUAAAGACGAAAAUAAAUUGAAUUGAUUCCGCAAACCAAUCGACACAAAAAAAAAAAUAUCUAUAUAUAUUAGAAAUUUGAUUGAAAAUACAAAAAGAAAAGAAGAAAUCGAAUCUAAAACGAUUAUUCGAAUCGAUCGGUCGAGUGUAUCGAUUUGAAAAGUGUUCAAGAACAUCGACAACACUCUAAUUCAACAUGGAUAAGCUCGUACGUGUCGGUUAUUAUGAAUUGGAAAAGACAAUAGGCAAAGGAAAUUUUGCUGUUGUUAAGCUGGCCUCCAAUAUAGUCACCAAAUCAAAGGUUGCGAUAAAAAUUAUCGACAAAACAUGCUUAGACGAUGACAAUUUAGCGAAAACAUAUCGAGAAAUUUCGAUACUAAAAUUAUUACGACAUCCGCACAUAACGCGACUGUAUGAAGUGAUGGAAUCAAAGAAUAUGAUUUAUUUGGUAACCGAAUAUGCGCCGCGCGGUGAAAUUUUUGAUCAUUUAGUUGCUAAUGGUCGGAUGAAAGAAGAAGAAGCGGCACGAGUUUUUGCUCAAACCGUAUCGGCUGUGGAAUAUUGUCAUAAUAAGGGUGUUGUACACCGUGAUUUAAAGGCAGAAAACGUGUUAUUAGAUAACGAUAUGAAUAUUAAGUUAGCUGACUUCGGCUUUAGCAAUACAUUUGUACAAAAUACAUAUCUCAAAACGUGGUGCGGUUCACCGCCGUAUGCUGCGCCAGAGGUUUUCUUGGGCCUUGAAUAUGAUGGUCCGCGAGCCGAUAUUUGGAGCUUAGGUGUAGUUUUAUAUGUAUUAGUUUGUGGUGCUUUGCCAUUUGAUGGUGCAACAUUGCAUGACCUACGAAGUAUGGUUGUGUCAGGGAAAUUUCGCAUUCCAUUUUUUAUGUCACAGGAUUGUGAGCACUUAAUUCGGCACAUGCUGGUGGUGGAGCCGGAAAAGCGAUACACAUUAAAGCAAAUAUCACAGCAUCGUUGGAUGCAAUGUAAAUUACCAUCGAUAAAUGAUGACUGUAGUACGACGAUACAAACUGAUUCGAUUGAAACGACUGGAACUUUAGACUCAAUUGUUAUAAAUCAUAUGUUACAAUUGCCAAAUUUAACAUUUGACGAAAUUGCCGAAUCGGUACAUCAAAAUACAUUCAAUCAUAUUUACGCUAUUUAUAAUUUGCUAGUGGAUAAAUUGCAAGCGAAACGAAAUGAACAGCAACGUUUGCAACAUCAUGCCAGUAUAGGUUAUACAAAAUCGCGAAAAGCAAGUAUUACAACGGGUGUUGUUGAGCGUACGGAGGCAUUGAAAAAUGAGGCGCUCGAUCGACUGAGCCCAUUGAGCAGUUCGGUUAAUACGUUUACAUCAUUCCCAGAAAUUAGUGAUCCAACAAAUGAAUUUGAGAAAUUCGUUGACAUGGACAUUGAUACACAGCAUCAAGUGAUAUCGCCGGAAUUCAAUUCGACGAACAUAACAUAUUCACAUUUAGGAACAAAUAUGUCGAGCGGUAGUACACGACGGCAUACCGUCGGACCGGGCGAUGUUGAACAUGAACAAGCAUUGGCCAAUCCAUCCACCGUACCAAUCAAUUUCAGAUUUGGCAAUGAUAAUGCACCACGAUUGCCCGUCAAUUUGCCAAUGAUGCAAAAUCAACCGUUACACAAUUUUACGAUCAAAAAUCAACACCUUCUCAAAUUGCCCACAGUUAUGGAAGCGAGUUCGUUUGGUCGUCGUGCAUCGGAUGGUGGUGCAAAUUUGCAAAUUUAUUAUACAACAUCGGCAAGUAGCGGACAAUCAGUGGAACCAAUUUAUGCAAAUUCGGCCAAUGCGAAGGAUCUUCGAAUCGGUGUCGAUCCAUUGCAACAACACAAUGACAAUAUGGCCGUCACCGUUGAAGGUGGAAACGACGAACCAAAUGAUGAAAUUCAAAGGUAUAUCGGUCGUAUGUGCGCAAAAACCGAGGAGAAUGGUGCAGUAGAUUCGCUCGAAAUGCCAGCGCCAACAACAUCUGGAGGACGAACAAGACGAACGGGUCUGCUGACUGUUAUGGAGCGAAACCCACCAGUCAUAAGUGAUGAGCUCAUUCGUGAAGUUGAAACUCGUAUGAAUCGUAAUUAUUUGCCACCUGCACUAAAAUUGCCUAAUUCCAAUAAUGCUGGCGUACACAGUCCGCCCACUGUUGCUUCAUGUCCCGCAACAAACUCUUCGGCUAUCCUAACAACCCGAAGACCAUAUAAUUCACGCGCAUGCAAACCACACUUGCCGACCGUUCAAGAAGUUGGUCGCUAUAGUCCGGUUCGACGAGCAUCGGAAGGUUCAAAGUAUCAACCGUUAAUCCAUGGUCCAUUGCAAGAAUGUCAGCAGCUAAUUCAACAGCAAAAAAGUUUGGCACAUCGAAAUUUGUCAUCAACACAAAGUCCACCGUUAUUGGAUAAUUCUUCCAGUUUACCAGCAUCGCCAGUUCAUGUGUGUCGAAAAACGGACGAAAUCGAUAUACCAACGGAAGCAAUGACAACCGUUUAUACGACGCUGGAGAAAUUGGUGGCCGAAAGUCAAAUUACAGUGGAUUUAUGCCAACGUAUUGUGCUCACACGUAAAAUGCCUAUUGAAUUGGCCCAAUAUUUGGGUGUUGAUGUUCAAAGUCAUCAACAGCAGCAGCAACAGCAACAACAACAACAAAUGCCAACAACGCCAUCAACCAUACCAGUUAGCUUUAAUCGUGGUUUUUUCACUGGUUGCAGUAGUAGUGGCCUAAGUUCACCAAACUAUGGUGCUGCAUCGCCAAAUCAUAGCGGCAAUUUAUCAACAUCACAGAAUUUCUCAACGACAUUUGAAACUAACAGUGCUAGUCAGUCGCCAAUUCAUUACAAUUUAAGCGGUACAUCGUCACCAAAUCCAUAUUUGAAUGUAGCGAAUGUAUCACCAAUGCAUCAAAUUACCAAAGGAAUAAGCGGUUUAACAACGGGUGGUGGUUCAAUAACGCGUGGCACAUCGCUUGCAUCAGAAACAGCAUCAAAUCAACCGUUGGAUUUAACAACCGAAAAUAAUAGUUCAUUGAAUGCCGCACAACCAUCAGCAUCGGUGGCAGCGUCUGCGGCUGCAGCAGCAGCAGCAGCCGCAUCUGCCAUGAAUGCACCAGUCGGAACGUCCGGAUGGUAUGUGCCAGCACAAUUUUACGAUUUAAAACCGUUAAAUUUAUCGCCGGCUCAACCAUUACGCAUUGUACCAACACCGCCGGCGUCGCCAAAUCUGUGCCUCACCAUUAUUCAAGAGGAAAAUCCAAACAUGUCUUGCCAGACACAAACGACCGAUGCUAAUUAUUUACAAACAUCGCCAAUACUAAAUGCAGACGAUUCAAGUAUGAUGCCACAUUCGCAUCCACAAAUUUCGGUGACUGAUGUUCAGGGUUCAGAAGUAACGUUGGUUGCACAUUCCGAUCAAAGUCACGACAGCGAGGACUCGUUAGAUGCUCAAAGUUCGAUGACAAUGCAAGGUUUAAUUAUAAGCGAACCGUCAAAUGAUAUGCCAUCGAUAUCGCGUGGCGUUGGACGAAAAUCAAGUUUGGAAAUUGAGCAUCGCCAAGAGACGUAUGAACGACGCGGUAGUGAUAAAUCGUUGGGGUUUAGCGACGAUUCGCUGAGCAAUGAUUCGAAUAUUGUGUCACCGGGACACGAACAAUCGGUCGCUAGUUCAGGUUUUAAAAGUGGCGAUUCGGAAAUAACCGAAUCACGUUUAUCGCCCGAUUCACUAUCCGAUAGCCGACGAAUGUCCGAAGAAUGCUAUGAACUACCAUUGCCGCAUGAAUGUUCUGACCUCGAUUCAUCGCGUAUUAUCGAGAUUGUUAAGCAAACAAUCGACUUGAAAUUGCCACCAAAGUGCUUCAUCGUACAUAAUACCAUUCAAGAAACGAACAAUUAUGGUGCAUCAAGCAGUAGCAAUAGCACCACAAUGAGUGCCGGCGUUGCAUCCGCAAAUAGUGACGACUGCUCAGACAUGCCAUUUUCAUUGGACAUUUCAAAUUUGAGCCUUGAAUACUCGGGCGGUUUACAAAUCGAAUUACAAGUUUAUGGCGGAAAAAGCAAAGAUAAUUGUAAUAAAGGCAUCAAAUUGCGCCGAAUAUCGGGCGAUCAAUUUGAAUAUGGUAAAUUAUGUCAGCAAUUAAUUAGCUCAUUGACUGUAUGACUCGAACAAAACCGCUGAGAACAUUGUCUUCGAAAUGAAGACAUGGGAUUGUGUUUAGUGCACGUGUUUUUCUCUCUUUCUCUCUCGCGCGUUUAAAAUCAUUGGUUCUUUUUUUUUCGUUGCAUAUUAAGUUGAUUUUCAAUUGUAUUUCGACAGUUGAUUGAUCUUCAUUUUUCUAAUUGUGCGAUAUUUUCUUUCUAAGUAUGACGAUAUCGACAAAUAGUUUGAUAAAUUUAUACAAUUAUUUAAAAAAAAAAAUGAGAGAGAAGAGAAAAAAACGACGUAAUUUUCAGUUCGAUUUUCUUUUUAAUUUUUUUUUUUUAAUUUUUAAUCGAACAUUGUUUGAUACAAAUUCGUACAUCAAAAGAUAAAAGAAGAGCUAAGAUAAGAUAGACAAAAAAACGAAUUCAAUAAAAAAAAAAAUUAUUAUUGAAGAGAUAUAUACAUAGUAGAUAUAAAAACUAGACUAUAAACUAUGAGCACAUUUUCAUUUAGA